GGUGGGUGUUGGAUCAGUGACAGGUGGCGCUGGGGAGUUACCACGGCGAGCGGCUGGCUGGCUACAGUGUUUUGGUCAGCACUGGUCAAUCUUGCCCUACACGCUCUAUUAACCAGUGUUUCCGUCUUCCUGACACCUUCUUCCUGCACCAAGCACCGUCAAGCAUCACCAGAGAGGCACGAGUACGUAAGCUGGUCCGAAAUAGCAGUGGACCGAAAUUGCCUCAGCACAACAACAUGUCCACGAGAUGGUAUCCAUUGUAUCAAUUCGGAAACCCCCAGCUGAGGGUGUUCCUGCCCAACUUCUUCAUGAAACUUGUCAAGCCCCGUGACCCGCUGCCUGCCAACGUGGUCCAGUUCCACGUGUCGAUGCAGAUGACCAAGAUUGACAUCAAGAACUACCUGGAGAAGAUAUACAACAUCCCUGUGGAGCAUGUUGUCACCCACGUCAGGAUGGCCAGCGGAACCUUACUUCCUCCCGUGAUACAAGUGACAGAGCUAUAGCCGUUUCCCUCUCCUAGCAGUAACGAUACAACACUGCUUUGUUCACUUCCUCGAUCCUAAGAUGUAUUUUUAAUAUGUGCUGUGUGUCCUCUUCUGUGAAUUAACUGUGGGGUGCUAUGUCUCUCAGCCUCUGGAAACUAAUAUUUGUGAAUUUGAUGCUGUUUACUUCGUGGAGUGACUAGAGGGAAAGAGAGUGAAAGGAAAGGCGAGAAGAGAAUAAAGUGGAUGAGUGAGGAAGUGAAAGGAAACGAGAGAAAAGCGAGGAAUAAAUAAAUGAAGGAGCGAAAGGCGAGUAAUAGGUAAGUGAAGGAGUGAAGGGAAAGGAGAGAAAGGCAAGGAACAUAGAAAUGGAGGAGUAAGGAAGUGAAUGAGGUAUUAACUUAGAGGAACAGACGAGAGCACUACAGAGGGAGUGACUGGCGUGUUAGCUUGAUAAAUAACUUAGAGCACGUAAAUAGAGACGAGGAGCAAACAAUUACAUCAUAUAGCAGCUGGAGGAUAAGAUGGAACACUAUUACAAAUUCAAUUAGGUGGAGAUAAAAAUAAAUAAAUAAAGUACCGUAAGAUAAAUAGAAAAAGAAAGACUGAAGGACGAAAUUUGGAAGAAUAAAAACACAAAUAAGUGCAGAAAUAAAAAAAAAGCGAGAUCUGGAACAGUAAAACCCACCGAUGAAUAGAGAAGGGGAAAAAAAGUGACAAACGAAACCUGACAAAGCAGAGAACGAGCCAGACAAGGCAGAGAGAAGCAGCAGGACACGUGAAACGACAGAAAUAGACAUCCGGGCAGCCGUGGGACUACCUGAGGAUUAUACUUGGGUACUGGUGACCUGGAGGCGUGACAAGGAGAUCAGUAAGAAUCCGAGGUCAUGGCAGAGAGGAAAAGAAACACCAUUACUGUGCCGGGAGUGAGGCGUCGUGUAUAUGUGCUCGGGUUUCUAAGCGAGCUGGUGGCCUUAAUACAAAUCGUGGGCCAUCUGGUAAUGCUGAGUCUGGUUGUGAAUCCUGAGCACUUUGACAGCCAAGUGGCGUCGCUCAAUGUGGGAAUGUCCAUACUGACUGGAGUGUACCUUGGGUUGACUGGUCGCCUGCUCUUCCUGUUUCAUGAGAAACGAUACGAAGAAACACGCGGCCCGGAAUGGAUGUGGUGGUUCUGUACUAUGGGAAUCAUCACCUUCAACUGCCUGCAACUGGUGUGGUUCUCCCUGACUGACGACAUCAUUCCGGCAGUGGUGUGUGGCCUGGCUGCCCUCCUCUACCUCAUCUUCUUCAAGUUCGCCAAGGAUGACCUCAAGUUCCUCAGAGAUGAUGCCACUGUUGUUGCUGCCACUACUCCUAUCAUCACUACCACUGCUUCUGCUAUGGCUGCAGCUUCCACUCAUGUCAGGAUAGAUAGCUGAACAUGCUGAUAGACAGUUGAACAGAAGGAAGUACCGCUAGUCAGAAAAUAGACAGACAGCUGAACAAAGGAUAUACAGAGAAACAAGCAGGAACAGACAGUUGAAAAAGCACGAACAGAUAGAUGAACAUACAGGAACAGACAGUUGAACAAGCAGGAAUAGAUAGAAAAACAAGCAGGAUUAGACAGAUGAAUAAGCAGGAAUAGAUAGAAGAACAAGCAGGAUUAGACAAAUGAACAAGCAGGAACAGACAGAUGAAGAAGCAGAAACAGACAGUUGCACAAGAAAUAGUUGAAUAAUCUCUUAAUAUUCACUUUUCUCAUUAUUAUGAUGACUGCACACAUGUUGCAGAGAACAGUUGAGUAACCAUGUUUCAUUUUCUUUAGUAUUGAAGGUUAUCAAUUUUCACAAUAUUCAUUAAGGCUAGAGGUUCAAUACAAACAUGGAAAUAUACUUCAAUUUUAAUAGAAAUAAAACUUGCAAGUAAAGAAUCAUGACUUGAGUCCGUAACCAUAACCAAGGAAAAAGUUUUAGUGAGAUGGUAAUGUGGAUCUGAGCACAAUAGGUGGGCCGUCAGCCUCCAUUCUCUCUGUAACCCACGGCUGAUCCCAAGCUGGGGAACCAAAACUUUGACACAGGUAGACGUAACAUGAAUACUUGUAACGAGUUGUAACAAUUGUAUAUAUAAAGGCCAUAUAAAAUAUAA